AUGCCUCAAGGCGGAGAGUCUCCUUCCCCAGAGCGCCAGACGGGCGGCCAGAUCCACGACCCUCCCGGUCACGGAGUACACUCCAAAGACAAGACUUCAGGGCAGGUCCAAGAUGCUUCCAAAUCAAACGUCGAGAAUCUAUCCUCGAACCCGCCCGGACCACUGGACGAUGCCGUCGACCGCAAGUUCUCCAAAGGCCCGGGAAACAAGACCAGCUAG